UGGUCGUUGAGUACAAAAUAUGGCAGUGUUAUGUUCAUCGCUGGUUAUAUUAAACGAAUGAGUGAUUUGAAAUAUGUACAUUUUGUUUCGACAAAUCUGGCAGUACAAUAAUUGAUAUUUUCCUGAGAAAUAGUCUUGGCUAUUAAUUUCUAAAAUUGUCUACUGUGGCCCACUGUAUCUAUAUAUGUAUUAGACCUUACAAUAACGCACAUGAAAGCGUCUUACGAAUACGUAUGCACAUACUUAUAUAAAAAUUAUCACGACUUUUCUUAACACAAUAUCGUUUGCCAUUGAAAAUGACGCUGUAAAUAGUGCUCUGCGUAGAAUGUUAAUUGUUUGUUACGGUGGAAUCAUAAAACAAACCAUAGAGUGACCCACGCAGCACAACACAUGCAGGUAGAAUUUCUAUUGGUGGCCCAUAGACUAAGCAGCACCCACAUUUUCAAUGCGAUCACGAACAGAGCAAUCAGUUAAAAAUAAAUAAAACAAGAUUCAGGUAGGUAAAAUGUCAAAGAAUUACACUAUGGCAUGCUCAAACAUACAAAUGGUCUGUUUGUUUAGAACACAUUGACGCAUGCAUACAAAGGCACCGUAGCAAAAUUCGUUAGAACCGCAUGCAUUGUGCAUUUGUGCAGCAUGUUGCAAGUAAGAAAAGAUUCCUUUAGAAAACGCUUCAGUUGGUUACUUGCAUUGGCAGCAAGUAGACGGACAAAUUGGACAAUUCAUAGGGGCGGGAAGUAGAACGAAGUGAAAUAAUUUUAUUUUUCUGUGCAGUUUAAAAAAUAAAAAAAAAUGUUUUUAGAAUACAGAAUACUUUGCUUUUUAAUUGUCUUGAAGUGGGCGCACACACAACAGGUGCCUACAAUGUCGUACCCCCAGCGGCUAUAUUUCCAUAAACUGCAAAAGUAUCCCAGCUAUAAGAUUAUAAAUGCGCAAGAGGCUAGAUUGGCAACAACCGAGCCGGCUGUUAUAAGCACCGAGCUAGUGGAAGCUGUUACUACCACAAGCACUACAGCGCCACCAACAAACGCUUCUAGUACCGACGCCAGCACUAGCGACGUCACAACUAAACCUGCUAUAGCACCACUUGAAAUUUCCACAGGUAAUACCAUUUACACACCCGAUGAGUUUCCACAUGAUUUGCUUGAAAUUGCACGUUCAAAGCUUGGUCUAAAGAGUCUUGAUGAAGUGCCCAGUAUAAGUGAGCUUGCCGAGUUUCUUGGCACCGCCAAUGCGACGGAGACCAUUAAAUAUAUCCGGCAGAUGACAAAUACAGAACAAGGUAUCGCGCUGAUAAAAGCCUACCUUGAAUCGGCAGACUUCACUGAUCGCACCGAUGAGCAGCGUCGUCGUCAGCAACAACAACAGCAAAAGUCACAACAGGCGCUAAGUGUAACAACUACUGCUGAAACAAAGAAAAACAAUUUUCUGGAACGUGUUGCUGCGUAUUUUCAUAUUUACAAUCUAUGGCCGCAAAGAGGUAGCGCCGAUGCGGCUGAAACGCGAAAGAAUGUCGAGCAACAGCUAAGCAAAUACAUUAAACCGCAGUUGGCGUAUAGAAAGCGAAUGCAAGUGACAGCAACACAUCAAACACACAACAGUAUUGCACACCAUAAGCCAAUGUUGGUGCGUAAUCCCUUACCUUAUCACUAUCCUGUGCCACUGCGCCCCAUUGCCGACAAUCGUGUGAGGCAUAAUGAUGCUGUAGUCAUGCCAAUGGCACCACCGGUCGUCUUUUCGCCCGUACAUUUGAACACACCUAAAUUCUACGUGCCACCGCAUAUAGAGCUGGCACGCGCCACCAAUAUACCACCACAACAAUUGCAAACGUUGUUGCAAAGCAAACCAAAACUGGCAGAAUUAGCUGCCAAGGUGAGUCGUUUGCCGCUGACUAACGAUAGUUCCACCCGUAUUGAUGAACAACUGUUGGUGGCGGUGAAGCGCGCCAUCGAACAGGAUGAUGACUUGCGCAAAUUGCUACAGAGCACCGCAGCUACACUCAAAUAGCUGAUUGUCGGCUUUUAAUUGUAUUUUAGCAUAAAUUAAUUAAGACUAUUGAAUAAAAUUUGUAGGGAGUUAUAUAUUUUACAAACAUAUUUGUUUUUCAUUUUAUUAUAUAAUUAACAUAGAUUUCUAUACCAUCGCGAACAUAUUAUUCGUGUAACGCUGUGCAUUUAGUCUUUAAGAAAAACAA